AUGAAUUGUAUGAGAUUCAAGCAAGGCGUUAUCAUUAAAGGGAAGGUUGAUGGUCAGGAUGAAGGUCCUCCCAACAUUGAACAACCAACAUUGAACAACCAACAUUGUGUGCUUGAUAUUGAUGUUCAUCUGAGUCAGUUGAAUCUUUUGAAUGAGAUGUGUGCUGCAAAUAUUGUUCCCCAUAAUAUUCCGUAUUUUGAUAAGACUGGUCUAAAUAUUGGUGAAGUUGUGAUGGAUGUCCUAAUUCUCGAUGAGCCUAUAGGAUAUCAUCAUCUCAGUCAAAAGGAUUUGGUUAUUGAUAAUAGCCAUGAUCGUGCAGUAGAAGAUGAGGAGACAUUGUGUGAAGAUAUGUUACGUACUACAAAAGAUGAAGGGUUGUAUGAUGAUGAUAUUCUUGGUACUAUUACCCAUUAG